AUGAAGACAUCAUUCAUCGCAAUCCUCGCUGCCGCCGCCGGCAUGGCCAUUGCUGACAGCCUUGACGUGCCCGACUGCGCAAAGCAGUGUGUCAACGAUGACAUCCAGAAGAGUGGCUGCGCCCAAGAUCAGAUCAAGGAUUGCUACUGCCAAAAGGCCAAUGUCAACUCACUUGUCAACUGCGUUAGCGGCGCCUGCAAAGACCAGAACGACCUGAUCAAGGCUGCUCAGGCUGCACAGAAGUCCUGUCCACAGCUCACUGGCGGUGGCUUCAUCCCUGGUACAAACAAUGGUGGCGGCAACAACAACGGCGGUAACAACGGGGGAAAGAACUAG